ACUCGCGAUUGUUGUGACAGCAAAGUGCCGAAACGUUUCUGUUUUGGUUUGAUUUUUUCAGUCUAUUUUUCUAUCCGUCGCAAGGGAGUCUCUUCUAAUUUGUUCCUUAUUUGGUGUCGUGUUGAAUUUAUAGCUAGAACGUACGGAUUCCUAGCGUUUUUGUGCGUAGAUCCGCAAAAUUUCCAAUUGGAGGGUCCUAGCUUAAGCUCUUAUCAGUAUUGCAAAGAAGAAAGCAAGUUCUCCCACCCCCACCACGUAUUGCAUAGUUGUUAAGUGACCCUGGCACUUUUUUCAUGGGAUAUUGAUAUCGAUUUAAUAGAAAUAAGCAAAACUCGGCAUUAAUUUCAUCCGAUAAUUGACCAGAAGCGCAGAAAUUUUCAGACCGAAAGUCCAGCCCAGCUAAAUAUGGAAGUAACCAACAACGGAGAACGGCAUCCGGCCGAAAUUAAGAAACAGAUGCGUGAGGAUAAACAAAGGGAAGCGAAGAUUCAGGAUCAGCUCACCAAACAACUGAAUGGACUUUCGUUGGAUGAAAAGUUUAACGCGGUUUACAAAAAGCUAGUUGAGUCGGAGAAGGAAAACAAACGUUUGACCCAACUGUUCAAACAGAACGAAAGGAAUGCAGAAGUCGUCAAGAAGGAACGGGAAAAUAUGAUCCUGGAGCACAACAAGGUGGCGAUGACUAAACAAAAGCUGGAACAGCUAUGCCGGGAGCUGCAGAAGCAGAACCGGAUGAUCAAGGAAGAAAGCAUGACCCGCAUCAAGGAGGAAGAGGAAAAGCGCAAGGAAACGCAAGCCAAGUUUCAGAAAUCGCUGAACGAGAUCCAGUCGGUGAUGGAUGAGAAUAAUGAGAAAAAUCUUCAACUCAAAGAGGAUAACAUGGAAAUGGCCAAAAAAUUUAAGUUUAUUCUGGAACAGUAUGAACUGCGAGAUCAGCAAAUGGAUAAAAUGAACAAACAAAUGGACUUGGUCACACAGCUGAACGAUGCCAAACUGGCCAAGGUAACGACCGAAGCUGCCAUGGAGAAGGAGCGCUUUUUGAAGGAGAAAGAAAUCAUCAUCAACGAGCUCACCAAGGUGAAGAAACAGCUGGCCGAACUGCAGAUGGUCGAGGUGCACUUGCGCGAACAGGUCAAUAUGUACUCCGACAAGUACGGCGAGUUCCAGGAUUCGCUUAAGAAAAGUCACAACAUUUUCGUGGGCUACAAGGGUGACAUGGAGAAGAUGUCCAAAAAGAUUAAAUCCCUGGAAAAGGAAACCACUACCUGGAAGACCAAAUGGGAAAAGAGCAACGCAGCGUUGAUAGAUCUGAUGUCUGAGAAGCAAGUCCGCGAUGAACACAUCAUGAAAACGGCUCGGCAGUUAUUCCACCUGCAGAAACUCUGCCGCACUCUUCAGAACGAACGUACUGCCUACUUCGCAGCACUCCAAGAAAACAAUGUCGAGAUUCCUCCGGUUGAGGAGGUACCUUACACAAUUCCAGAGCCUGAACCACUACCUGUGGCGCCCAAGAAAGAAGAUAAACUUGAAAUCAUGACCAAAAAUUGUUCGGCACUAAAGGAAAACUUGGCUGCCCUACAGGGUCAGCUUAGUGCAAUGCAAUCGAAGGGUUCCGAGGGCACCGAAAAAAGUUCCGAACCUCAGCCAACGACCAAUGGUGGCAAAAAGAACAAGAAAGACAAGAAAGGUGGUAAAGGAGCAGCAACGAGCGAGCCUCAGAAAAAUGACACUGAAGAGUCCGAACCAUUAUCAAAACCUGAUGUUGCUGAAGCAAAGGAGAAUGAGAAGGAAAAACCUGUCGAAUCACCCGAAGAUACUUCCGCGAAAGAAGUUAAAGAAGAGACUGUUGCCGUUGAAAAAACGGAAAUCCCCGUUGUAGAGAAUGGCGAAAAAGCUACUCCAAGCGGUGCUGAAGAAGCAGUCAAAACUGAUGCCCCAGCAACGUAGAAUACAUCACGAGAAAAAGGUUUUUAUUUUUUCAGUUCAAUCAUUUUAACGACUAUUACUUCCAUUCAGUUGGAUUUAUGAGACAAUUUGUAUCAUGUAUAUCGUUAAAUGUUGGCGACAAAAACUUUAGACGUUUCGAUUUGAGUUCGUCAACUUUGUCAUAUCGUCAGUACUUUUUUGUUUCAGUUCCUUAGUAACUUUUCAUGAUUUUUUACCAUCUUGCGUGUUUCUUACCAUUUGAAGCUAAAUUAUUUAUGAAUACGAAUAAUUAUCCUAGAACAUA